AUGGCGUCCGAUUCCUUCACCAUCAAGACGCCGUGCUCGAGCGCCAACAUCGGGCCAGGCUUCGACGUGAUAGGGCUGGCUCUGUCCAUGUACCUCGAGCUGCAGGUUACCAUCGACACGUCCGAGGCCACCUCGGACCAGCCCCUCAACUGCCGCAUCACGUACGAGGGCGAGGGCGAGGACUCGGGCGAUAUCAGCCUUGACCCUGCCGUCAACCUCAUCACGCGUGUUGCCCUCUAUGUGCUGCGCUGCCACGACCAGCGCAGCUUCCCCGUCGAGACGCACGUGCACAUCAAAAACCCCAUCCCGCUCGGGCGAGGCCUCGGCUCCUCGGGCGCCGCCGUUGUUGCCGGCGUCUUGCUCGGUAAGGAGUGCGGCCGUCUGGACCACCUCACCCCCGAGCGCCUCUUUGACUUUUGUCUCAUGAUUGAGCGCCACCCGGACAAUGUUGGCGCUGCUUUGUUUGGUGGCUUUGUCGGCACAUAUCUGAAGCCGUUGACACCCGAGGACGUGGCCCGGACCGAGAUCCCGCUGAGCGAGGUGCUCCCGCCGGCCGGAGGCGUCGACACGGGCAUGAAGCCGCCUAACCCCCCUCACGGCAUCGGCCACCACAUCAAGUUCCCCUGGGCAGCCGAGAUCAAAGCCGUGGCUAUCAUCCCGGAGUUCGAGGUGCCCACGGCCAAGGCGCGCGCCGUGUUGCCGUCGCAUUACCCCAGGCCCGACGUGACGUUCAACUUGCAGAGGAUAACUCUCCUUCCGGCGGCGCUCGGGCAGUCGCCGCCCGACCCGGAGCUGAUCUACCUGGCCAUGCAAGACAAGCUGCACCAGCCGUACCGGCAGACGCUGAUCCCCGGGCUCACCGAGAUUGUCGAGUCGAUGACGCCCGUCACGCAGCCGGGGCUCCUGGGCGUGUGCCUGUCGGGGGCUGGGCCGACGAUCCUGGCGCUUGCCACGAGCAACUUUGACGAGAUCGCGAACAACAUCAUCGCGAGGUUCAAGAAGCAGAACAUUGUGUGCAACUGGAAGCUGCUCGAGCCCGCCGAGGGCACCCAGGUCAUCCGCGCGCAGCAAUAA